CCGGCCCGGCCCAGCUCCGCAGACGAGUCUUCGCGGGAGCACCCCGCGCCCCGCAGAGGACCAGCCAUGAGCCGGCGUGUGGUUCGGCAGAGCAAGUUCCGCCACGUGUUUGGGCAGGCAGCAAAGGCAGACCAGACCUAUGAGGACAUCCGGGUUUCCAAGGUCACAUGGGACAGUUCCUUCUGUGCAGUAAACCCCAAAUUCCUGGCCAUUAUUGUGGAGGCCGGAGGUGGGGGUGCCUUCAUCGUCCUGCCUCUAAUCAAGACAGGACGAGUGGAUAAGAACUACCCAUUGGUCACUGGGCACACUGCCCCUGUACUAGACAUUGACUGGUGCCCACACAAUGACAACGUCAUUGCUAGUGCCUCAGAUGACACCACUGUCAUGGUGUGGCAGAUUCCAGACUAUACCCCCGUGCGCAACAUCACAGAACCUGUCAUCACGCUCGAGGGCCACUCCAAGCGCGUGGGCAUCCUCUCUUGGCACCCUACUGCCAGGAACGUCCUACUCAGUGCAGGUGGUGACAAUGUGAUCAUCAUCUGGAAUGUGGGCACCGGAGAGGUGCUGUUGAGCCUGGAUGAAAUGCACCCCGACGUCAUCCACAGCGUGUGCUGGAACAGCAAUGGUAGCCUACUAGCCACCACCUGCAAAGACAAGACCCUGCGCAUAAUUGACCCCCGAAAGAGCCAAGUGGUGGCGGAGCGAGCCCGGCCUCACGAGGGCGCCCGCCCGCUGCGGGCCGUCUUCACUGCAGACGGGAAGCUGCUCAGCACCGGCUUCAGCAGGAUGAUUUUGCUGCGUCGCCUGAAGGAGCUCGCGCUGGCGUCCCCUCCCGGUGAUGCCGAGUCCCUGGGGGUGGUUUGCUGUGACUGCAUGCCAACUGCGCAGGGGAACAACUUCGAAGAGCCGGUGGCCCUGCAGGAGAUGGACACAAGCAACGGAGUGUUACUGCCCUUCUACGACCCCGACUCCAGCAUCGUCUACUUGUGCGGCAAGGGUGACAGCAGCAUCCGGUACUUUGAAAUUACGGACGAACCACCCUUCGUGCACUACCUGAACACGUUCAGCAGCAAGGAGCCGCAGCGGGGCAUGGGUUUCAUGCCCAAGCGGGGACUGGAUGUCAGCAAGUGUGAGAUCGCUCGGUUCUACAAGUUGCACGAACGAAAGUGUGAACCCAUCGUCAUGACUGUGCCUCGAAAGUCAGACCUGUUCCAGGACGAUCUAUACCCGGACACUCCAGGCCCAGAGCCAGCCCUGGAAGCGGAUGAAUGGAUAGCAGGCCAGGACGCCGAGCCUGUGCUCAUUUCGCUGAAGGACGGCUACGUGCCCCCCAAGCAUCGCGAGCUCCGGGUCACCAAGCGCAACAUCCUAGAUGUGCGUCCACCCUCCUCUGGCCCCCGACGCAGCCAAUCGGCUAGUGACGCCCCCUUGUCGCAGCAGCACACCCUGGAGACGCUCCUGGAGGAGAUGAAGGCCCUUCGCGAGCGGGUGCAGGCCCAGGAGGAGCGCAUCACGGCUUUGGAGAACAUGUUGUGCGAGCUGGUGGACGGCACGGACUAGCGCUGCCAGCGACCACAGCUCGGCAGGGACAGGGAAGGGCGUGGGGACUGCGCACGCCUGCCCCGCAUCUGGUCUGAGGCUCUGGACUCGCACUCGCCUCGCUGGGUUGGGCUUUUGGGCGGGACUAGAAAAGAAACUCUGUCCCUCACGGAAGACCUGGUCGAAUGAGGCUUCAGGGAGACCCUCGUCUGUUCUGGCUGCGUGUUUGGUGCCAGUCUCUGCAGGAAAAGGGCUGCAGAGAAACCGGUCGUGAUGUGGACUUAGCGAUGGUGCUGUAUGGUGAGGUGGUGUCUCCUUAUAUUCCUCUCCCAGAGCAGGGGGAAAGGUUAAUAUUGUCGUAUGCUUGGGGGGCCUUGACCUCAAAGGGAUAAUUCAGUGGGUCUUCCCUCACAACCUCUGGAAAAUUACUGUGUUCCUCCUAAUCAGUUCGCUCGAUUCCCCACGCUGAGUGGAAAACCACAGGGCGGCUUCAUAGUUCUGCAGAUCCGUGCGCAGCCCCUAUCUGCAGUUGAGCUACACCCAGCAGUCUAGGGUUUUCCCCUCUUCUUUCCACCACCAGAGGAGAGGACAGCCUCUUUGGAGACAGACCCCCCCCACCGAGAAAUCUCAGGAAAACUGGCAUGAGGAUGCAGGUUCAAAACACACACACACACACACACACACACACACACAC